AUGGAGGACCUGUGUCCUCGGCGCGUGUGGGGCUUCUCGACGCAGUGCAUCCUCGCCCCUCGGCGCUGGACACUUGACGUGACUUCUCACCACCUCUCCCACGUUCAUGGGAAAGCCAGCAAGGUCGCCACCGAUUCAGCCUCGGCGUGCAACAACACAAUCAGAGGAGAUGCACUCCCGCUCGGCACGUCCAGCAACACGGCGCGCUUCGAGAGCAUGGACGAGACCGGGGCGACACUGUACGUGACGGAGCUGUUCGUGCCACACCUGAGUCGCGUGGACAUCGCUGACGCUGCUGCAUCGGACGCUUCAGGGAAAUUAAGCUGGUGCGCGGAGAGACUGCGUGCAAGUCUCCUGCGUCAGCCCUCGUGGCGGGUCAGCGCGUCCCAGGGGUGUGGUAGCGCGGCGUCCUCCGCUACUGCGACAGCGGAGAGCGGCUGCGUCGAACGUGAGUGUGCGCCGCUGCGCGUAUGGGUAGUGGAGGUCACGGCGCUUCCUUCGUCUUCCGCGACUCUCGCUGUGGUGGCGUCAUCCACGUCUGCUGACAACGCAACCGCCACUGUCUCCUGCUCGAUUGCGGCUGCGCUGCAGCCCCUUUUUCGGCUCUUUUUGGAAGUAGUGUGGGACGGCGGAACGUCGACAUCAGAGGCCUCUGGUACUGCCGACGAUGCGGUGCACCGGAUUCUGGCGCACCUAGAGUCCCUCUAUCGUACUCCAACCCUCGAGCUGGACGGGUUCCGAUGCUUUACCAGGAGCGCAGGCGUCACCGACGCUCCUGAGGGCAAGUCGGCGCGAGUGUCUCCGCGGACUGCCAAGACAGUGACUCGUGCAUCUGUCUUCACACAACUGCGGGAACCGUGCGCACCGCACGUGCUGGCAGACAUGGGAAACGACGCUCUCAGCCCAGCGUGGGGGCUGAGCCUUUACUCAGCCGCCGGUGCAGCUUUUGUUCAGCUACUCCUGCCGCCGCUGCAUCACCACAGCGCCGUUGACGAGGCCCACGGGGGUAGGGCGUGUUGGAGCCCCUACACCGUCUCCGCAUGUCCCGCCGCCGGUGAUGGGGGUAUUGCCUCUGCAGUGCAGCACCUUCUCCAGCACGACCUUCAGCUGUGCUGGGAAGGGUUGGCGCUGUACACGACGAUGGUGGAAGCCGAAACGGUGUUGGCGGUAGCUGCACUCCAACUGGGCGGCGCAGGCGCCGCACCGCACUCUUUCUACAGUUUUCCCUUAGUGGAGCAGUCAUGGGAAGCACAUGUGCAUCAGUUUCUUAGCCGUCAGCGAGACCGAGGUGAUGGCAGGAUGAGCGGUGCCGUGAGCGAGUGGGAGUUGCGAAGACUUUCAACGUCGCCUCGUCCCGUGUCGGAGCAGCUUGAUGCCGUGCUGCACAAGGCGGAGCAGCAGCAGCUUGCCGUAGAGGAUCCGUUGCUGAGCAGCACGGAGCGCUCCAUGCGUCUGCUUGCACGCGAUGUCGGAGCUCCGCUGGUUGCGCCGCGGUGCACAUCGUACCUGCUCUGCAUUCGUCGAGGUGCUGGAGAUGGCGAGCAGGUACUUACCCAUGUCUUAGACAACCACGCGGGCGGCUCUGCUGUAGCGCGGCGGCCUCCCCCCACUGAUGCGGCGGACACAGGCUCACAAGUGGAGGAGCUCUAUGUACUCCAGCUGCACUCGCCGCGGGUGCUGAGUACACACGCACUGGUGGUGUGCAUGACUGUCCCCACGUCAUUCUUCGCAGGUGAGAGUCACCCGGGUCAGAGUGACUCGACGGAGGGUAGCACUGCCACGACACCCGUUAGCAAAGGUGAUGCCGGGGUCUUCGCAGCAGCAGCUCUUAGUGCGAUGUACCGCAUUGCCUCCUACGUCCCCUCGCUCUGGCUGCCACGCGAGGUGGCCCUGCGCGGCGGCAGUGGCGUCUGUUCGCGGUCAGGCCGGCUUCUGCUCCACGUACCCGCCUGCGACGCGCGCUACGGCAAUAUCCACCUGGCUCCGGUCGCAUCCAACGUCUUCACCACCCUUGGCUCCAUCAUCGCAUGGACUGCGCAGAGGUCAUCGCAACCUCCAGGAGACGCUGCUGCUCGCGAGGAGUCAGUGCUGAGCUGCGACACCUCGUCUCCUGUUUCUCCUACUUGUGUCUCCCUCGCUAACAUGUCUGCAGUGUGGACGCUGAUCGGUGACGGCCGCAGCGCCGCCGCGUACCUUGAAGACACGCUGUCCGAGUAUAUGUAUGACACCGGCGCUAAGAGCCUUCUCAACGUGGGGCAGUCAAGUCAGCACGAGCGCCAACCAGGCCUGCUCGUGGUACGACGGAAGUCAAAGCAACGGUACAGCAUGAACGGUUCUGCAACCAUAUCUGGAGCGGCUAUAGGGGCCACGCCAUCUCUGGUUGAUGUACAAGAGGUGUGCUCCGCGUGGCUGGACGUAGGUGCGACGCACCGCUUAUUUCUGUCCGUGCGCGAUGUCGGCAUGGGUGAGGUGUUGCUGAUCAAGGCCUCACUCGUCGGGCCUCAUAUUGAACUCCCCUGCAGGGAUAGUGAGAGCCGCGACGCCGUCACAGUUGCACUGGAGGCGACCAGUCGCGCGGAGGAGACGGCGCUGGAGGUCUGGGUAGAUGGAAUCACUGCUGCUGCCGUUGCCCCGCAGCGCCGAUGA